GGAAGCGGCCGGGAGCCGGGAGCGGACGCCGCCAGCCCCGCAGCCGCGCCCGCAGGUUUUUGAGGCCUGGGGAAAGACGCAGCCCAGCAGGGACCCAUAGCUCCUGGGAGGAUGGUGCGGAUCUUGGCCAAUGGGGAAAUCGUGCAGGAUGACGACCCCCGUGUGAGGAACACCCUCCCGUCACGCAGUAGCACCCCUCGACAGAGCUUUCUCAAUAGGGGCCACGGCCCCCCUGGGGGAUCCGGCCCUCGCCAGCAGCAGGCGGGUGCUAGGCUGGGUGCUGCUCCGUCCCCCUUCAAUGACCUCAACCGGCAGCUGGUGAACAUGGGCUUCCCCCAGUGGCAUCUCGGCAACCAUGCUGUGGAGCCGGUGACCUCCAUCCUGCUCCUCUUCCUGCUCAUGAUGCUCGGGGUGCGUGGACUCCUGCUGGUGGGCCUCGUCUACCUGGUGUCCCACCUGAGUCAGCGAUGACCUCUAGGAGCUAGGGGGGCAGACACGUGGGAGAGGGAGUUUUGGGGCCUUGGUGUGAGAACAGGCACAUGGGGAGGGGUCUGUUGUGCCUUGAAGGCGUGCUCAUAGAACGUGUUUCACGUUGCGUUAAGCAUGAGGCAGAGGAAGCCUCUAGUCUUGCAUUCCCAAAGUAUUGGGUGCAUACCCUCAUUCCCUUGAGAUGUUCUUAGGUAGUAUUGGGUCUGCAUUAAGCACAAAGUCAGAGCAAGAAAGGAAUUCCCUUUCCAAUUCUUUUCCAAUCCUUUUAUGCCAAGAAGAAAUCCUCAGCUAGGUGCCAAUAUGUUUUCAUGCCUCUGAAACUUCCCGUUACUAGGGAGAAGGGUUUGGGCUUAAGGCUGUUGGGAAAAGUUUCCAGACUUUUAUAGCUCUGUUUUGUUUUAAUGGUAUAUUUUUAAUUGGCUACCUUUUAUUUAUGACAAGUUGUACUGGCAUCUACUUAUUGUGGUGGCAUUUUCAAUAAAUAAAUUUAACUAAAAAUGAA